AAGUGUGUUUGGCUGUGUGCUGACGGCGGCGCGCUUACGAUCCCUGUGGGACUUCCACUUACCUUCUACACCGCUUCUCGCCCGUUCAAUGACGCCGUGCUUCCCCUCUCUCUCCGCGGCCAGCGUCCAGCGAGAUUAGCGCCCUUGAUGCGGUUCUCCGGGAGACGACAACACGUUCCUCGGCGACACGUUUGAAGGCUGCUCCUCGGACCGCUGCGCAUCAUGUGGAGGAAGGCGUCUGUGGCGGCCCUGCUGGCCCUGGCGGUCGGCUACCUCUACCACGGCUGCCCCGAACUUCCCGAGCAGCUCCUCCAUUACAUCAGCCCGGCCAGCUCCCAUUCGUCCCCGCAGAGCCAGCACCGCCUGGAGCAGGUCAUUUCCAACGCCUGGGACUCGCUGAUCACGUUGCCCACGCGGCAGUGGACCAGAGUGGCCGUAGGGGUGAAUGCCUGCGUGGACGUGGUGGUGUCCGGAGUGGGUCUGCUGCAGGCACUGGCCCUAGACCCCGGCAGCGGCCUGGAUCACGAGGUGCUGCACUCCAAAGAGGACCUGCGGGAGGCCUUCGUCCAUUUCAUGGAGCGCGGGGCGGCCGCCGAGCGCUUCUUCAGCGACAAGGAGGUCUUCCGGAGGAUCGCCCGGGCAGCGGCCGAGUACCCCGGCGCCAAGCUGUAUGUCGGAGGGAACGCCGCCCUCAUCGGUCAGAAGCUUGCCACUUAUCCGGCUCUCAUGGUUUUGCUAUGUGGGCCGGUGGGGCCUAAACUUCACGAGAUGCUGGAUGAGCAGAUCGUUGUUCCGCCGGGUUCUCUGCAGGAGACGGACGAAUACCAUCUCAUCCUGGAAUACAAAGCAGGUGAGCAGUGGGGUUCAACGCGGGCGCCUCAAGCCAACCGCUUCAUCUUCUCGCACGACGUGUCCAACGGGGAGAUGAGCUCGCUGGAGACAUUCGUGGCGAGCCUGGAGGAGUUCCAGCCCGACUUGGUGGUCUUGUCUGGGCUGCACAUGAUGGAGGGCCAGGGCAGGCAGCUGUGGGAGGAGCGGCUCAAAGAGGCGGUGGCAGCCAUAUCUGACAUUGGUAAGGACAUCCCCAUCCACUUGGAGCUGGCGAGCAUGACGGACAGAGACUACAUGAACAGCAUCAUGCAGGAGCAGGUCAUGCCCAUUGUCAGCUCCAUCGGGCUGAACGAGCAGGAGCUGCUUUUCCUCUCUCAGGCCGGCGGCGGACCUCACGCUCACCUCGCCACGUGGAAGGGCGUCCCCGACGUGGGCCAAGUCAGCGACAUCCUCCUGUGGAUCCUGGAGCGCCACGGUCGCAGCGACCCCUCGUCGGAGGCCGACCUGACCCGCGUCCACUUCCACACCCUGGCGUACCAUGUGCUGGCCACGGUGGACGGCUACUGGGCCAACCAGGUGGCGGCGGUGACGGCGGGGGCGCGCGUGGCCAGCAGCCAGGCGUGCGGCACCCGCACCGUCGACGCCACCAAGGUGGAGCUGAAGGCGCCGCUGCGGUUUCACAGUUCGCACUCGGAGGCGCGGGUGGCGCUGUCUCUCGACCCGGCAGCUCCGGUGACGGUGUGGCGUCGGGGCAACGUCACCUUUCACAUGACGCCGGUGCUGGUGUGCAAGCAGCCGCUUCGAACGGUCGGGCUCGGCGACGCCAUCUCGGCAGAGGGGCUCGUUUACUCGGAGUUAAAGAGCCAGCAGCCCUUCUGACCGUGCAGGUGCUUCUGCGUCUUCAUCUGGACACUUUGGAAAUCCUGCCUGCGAACACGCCACCUGCCUACGCCCGAGGUCGGAUUCUAUGCACGGGGAAGGAGGGUCGGCACUGCGCUGUCUUUGAGUUGAAGGGGCUUACAAAAUUUUGCUCCAAUUUCUUGAAGUUCGGUGUGCCUAGGGUUGCAAAAGAGUGGAAAAUUUCCAGGAAGUUUCCAUAGGAAGUUAAGCUGUUGAAUUUUGGAAAUACAUAGAAACCCUGCAUAUUUGCGAUUUUAUACUUGUUUGAUUUGUUUGGCGCUGGAAGCCUUUCCUAACACAACCCACUCUUUUUUUUUUUUUAUAUAUAUAAAUAAAAUUAACUAUUGGCUGAGUAUUGGGCACUGGCAGGGAAUCGAACCCACGCCGUUUGCGCUAAAGCUUGCUCGUAAUUUACAUUUCAUGACACAAUGUACCGCCCAAGCAAUAGUUUGUUACUCGUAAAAAUUAAAAAGUUGGGGUGCUCGCAAGUCAAGGUACUGGAAUGAAAUCUUCUUUUAGUCAAGAAUGGAUCAGGCUAAAAUAUAUUUCCCCCCACUAUAUAUACCAUAAGUUCCCCAUUAGUAAUGGCCCAUUGGCCUCCGAUAAAGGGUGGACAGCCAGCUCUGUUUUGUAAAUUCCUGUUAAUUCCCAUGGAAAGUUUCCAACUUUCAAAAUUCCCAGAAUUUUGCAACCAUAGGGUGUGCCUUCGGAGAAGUCUCGCAUAUUCACGUUUCAGGUCCAAAUGGGAAAAGUCACCGAGGCUAUGUCCACACACACACACAAAUAUUUUUCUAAAAUGUAUCCUGGUUAGAAACUAGAGGAAAGGGGACCAAAUAUAACAGGAAGUCAAGCACGCAGUAAAAGUUGUAAACCUCAUCCACCUCUGCUCAGUCAUCCACAUGGUGGCUAACUGUCAAAUGUUCAUUGGACAAAAGUCAUUGGACGCAUGCAUCUUAGGUUCAUUGAAGACUCUAAAUUGUCCAUAAGUGCGAAUUGUUGUGUCCAUUCCAGGGUGCAGCCCACCUUUUGUUCAGAGACACUGGGAUAGGCUCAAUAGAUAAUGGAUAGGUGUGCUGUUCCCCCCCCCCACUGAUGAAUAGGGAAAACCGACUCUACUAUCAGUCCACGUCAUACCCCUUUUCCUUAUUUAGCCAUUGUCACAACGAAGACAAUUCAUUUUGUGAUUGGCUAACCAUUUAGAGGUCAUAGCACCACCUGGUGCUUUGGCAUGCACACGGCGGCCCUCAAAUGUGUUCACAUGUUUGGAUUUUUUUAUUUACGGUAUUUAUUUUUUAAGACCAUAAUAUAAAACCUGUGGAUGUGUGGACAUAGCCUUCUGAAGAAAAUCUUCACAUUGAAAUGAAAACUGACUUAACGUUUACUUUGUAGAAUGUCUGUCACACACGCACUGUCACGUGUUUUUCUUAGUUUGUUGCAUUUGUGUACAAAAAAGUACAUUUAGAGUUCCUUGGAGAAGAUAGAAGGUAUUAAAAAAAGUUGUUUUUUUUCUUUCCCCCAGAUAAUUGUUCUACUUUAAAGGUGCAAAGCACAAACAAAUAUUGCUGUGACCGUCCGAAGUGGAAAAUAAUCUGUUUCAGGUUGACUUUCAAGUUGUUCUCAUUUUAAAACAUUGUUUUUUUUUCCUCCAUGGGAAGUCAUGUAAUGUGGUCAUCAUUAAAACAUUGAACUGUUUUAAGUUACUUGCAAACAUAGAGAAGCUAACUACUGUGUAAUUAAUCUAAGACAAGUAAAACUUACUCACCUGCAGUACUGUCACCUCGUGGUGUUUAUAGACUGAAUGGCCAGACCAUAUCAUGAUGCAGUUAUGGUCCAUUUUUGGUUCUGCGGUUAUCACACAUUUCGUCUUUGCCAUCAUUGGCAUUGUGUAAAACACACACGAAAGCCAAAGAACAAUCUAAACAAGGAGUUUGUCUUACUUUUUUGGAGACUUCACAUGUAACCAUGACUUUUGUUUGACUUUUGAGGCAUAUUUUGACAGAAGAUUUUAUUUGAAGUCUGAAAUGUUCGACUUUGGAAGUUCCGAUGUAUAUUUGACUGAAAAACAAUGUUUGACUUCAUUUUUGUGCUCCAAUUACCUCAGCUGGCCAGUGAAGGCACUGAACUAUGGCGUCUUAAUGCAAAGCCGACCUGGCAAUUUUAGUUGAACACAUGGGACUCUUUGCACUAGAAAAAGGCAGGCGGGCCGCAAAGGUGAAUGUAACUACGUCCCCUCCCUUAGCAAGUACAAUCUAGUCUAUUGUUAGUCUCUCAACAUGUCAUUAAACUUUGUACUGUAAUGUGUCUUGUGCUAGGCCAACUGUGAUGGAAAGAAAUGAUAGAUGGAUGACUUCAUAAGAAGAAGAAAUGAUAUUCCUGUAUAGAUGUUUUUUUUUUUUCAUAAUGCAGGGGUGGAGAGAGGUUGUAUUUUUUUCCCCCAAAAGGGGCCAUUUUAGUCUUCUGAGGGCCAUACUAAAUGUAUGACAAAAUAUUAUGCCAAUAUCAAAUAAAUGCUUAUUGUUA